CAGUUCUCAUUGUAAAUGGAUUUCUAUAUUAAGGUACAAUCUUUUCAUCUUUACCUCCAGGUCUUUGACCAGGAAUUGGAUGCACUGGAAAUUGAGACAGUACAAAAGGAGACAAUCCAUCCCCGAAAAUCCUAUAAGAUGAAUUCUUCCUGUGCUGACAUACUACUCUUUGCUUCCUAUAAGUGGAAUGUCUCCCGGCCCUCACUGCUGGCAGACUCCAAGGAUGUGAUGGACAGCACAACUACACAGAAGUAUUGGAUUGACAUCCAGUUACGAUGGGGAGACUAUGAUUCCCAUGAUAUCGAGCGCUAUGCCCGGGCCAAGUUCCUGGAUUAUACCACAGACAACAUGAGUAUCUACCCUUCUCCCACAGGUGUGCUCAUUGCCAUUGACCUGGCCUAUAAUCUACACAGGUGAGUUAGGACUCAUGGGCUUUCCAUUA